CCUAUCAUCUAUCUCUCUCUAACACACUUAACUUUCCAUCUUCCGUCUCACGCGUCGCGGUGUGCGGUUGGCUGACUUCAGUAGCGCGUACGCACGCUCCGGUGAUGCGCGUUUUGAAAUUCGAACGAAUUUCGCGCGUGUUUUUUUUAAAGGUAUUUUACUUGCCAGUAUUUUUGUGUGGUGAUGUGAGUGGGACAUUUGGAUUACAGUGAUCGGAUAUUUUGGAUAAGUGAGCAGACAAUAAAACGCCAAAAUGUCGGCAACAGCAACAAGACACGUGAAAGCUUCCAAUUCUGCGAACAUUCUCAUGUGCAAACAAUGGUGGAAGGUCUGCUGGAUGUACGGAGACCAGGAGAAGUACUACAGACAACUCUACGGCAGGAGAAAAAUGAACAACAUGAAUAGAAACUUCAUCAAUUUCGACUUAACCGAUGUCAAAAGACCAGGAGCGCAAAUCACCGAACUUACUGAUGAUUUUUUUGAAGACACUACACAAGAACCGGCACCAGAUGAAGUUGAUAAUGCUACUGAUAAUAGUAAAGUAGAAUAUAGCUUUGGAGUAGAAUCCGAACCAAUUUACGGAGUAAAAACGUGGCAGAAAGACCAAAGACGACAACCUAUACAGCAUAAUUACGAAGUAGAUUUAGAUAGCAUUAUAAGUACAAAUCUGAAUUCUAGUAGUAUCAAAAGUAUGUUAGAGAACGGUCUACCUCAAACGCAAAUCUUAGAUUCAAACGAACAGAUUAUAAAGAACGGUAAUGUAGUUGGGAAGAGUUCUAAAGUUGUUUCGAAGACAAAAAGGGGGGCGAUUGUAACGGAAAGUACUGAGGUGUCUACAGAUGGGAAAACGACGGCGAAUUUGAAGUUUGAGAGGUCGACGGUGAAGUGUGGACCGAAUAAGGUGAAGGAGGUGUUGCAGCCGCUGAAGGAGGAUGCAGUGUUGGCGGAGUGUGAGAGGAGGAAGUGCGUGGGGGACCGGCUGACCACGAGGACCACGACGCUGGUGACGGUGUCGCAGACCAGCGUGACCAGCUGCAAUGAACCAGUCUGCCGCAACUGCGUGAUCUCGCCAACCGGCUCGCCGCCCCCCCUAGAUCCCACCCCUCCCCCACCAGCCCCCUCGUCCCCCUCCCCCCAGCCGAGCCACUCCAGCCAAUCUCCCCACUCCUACCCGAGGAGGUAUCCAGAAUACGGGCAAGGACACUCAAUGCCACAGUCGCCGCCGGCGAUGUCGCUGUCACCACAUCCAGUGCCGCAGGGCAAGUUUAGAGGACUACUGGAACAUGCUGAAAGGUUAAUGAAGCCAGGCGAUGCGCACAGGCACUCGCAGAGCGACGACGACUCGGGAUGCGCGCUAGAGGAGUACACGUGGGUCCCGCCGGGCUUGAGGCCGGAACAGGUGCGUUCAAGUUUUAUUCCAGGUUAA